AUGUCUACAAUAGAUUUGAUGGAGAACCUCAGGGAAGAGCUCACGUGUUUCAUCUGUUUGGACUAUUUCAGCAGCCCAGUGACCACUGAAUGUGGCCACAGCUUUUGUCUCAGGUGUCUCCUCAAGAACUGGGAGGAACACAACACACCUUUGUCUUGUCCUGAGUGCUGGAGGACUUUGGGAGGACCACAUUUCCAGGCCAAUGAACGCCUGGGAAGGCUGGCGAGCAUUGGCAGACAGCUCAGAUCCCAGGUGCUGCUGAAUGAGGAGGAGCCAAGCGGCGGUGGGAAAAUGGCAUCUGCUACUAGGGUAUUCUCUGAUGAUGAGCAGAGUGUCAUCGCUUUCUCGACCCCUAGUCAUGGAAUAAACAGAGGUUAUCUCUCCAGUGAGAUGGAGGAACAACAUAAAGAGAAACUCCAGGAUAUCCUAAGUCUUUUGCGUAAAAAGAAGAAGGAAGCUCAGGCUAUCCUGACCCAUGAGAAAGAGCGAGUGAUUCUAUGUAAGGAAGAGACAAAGACUUUUAAACAGGUUGUUGUGUCGGAAUACAUGAAAAUGCACCAGUUCCUGAAGGAAGAGGAACAGUUACAGCUGCAGCUACUGGAGAAGAAAGAGAAAGAGAACAUGAAGAAAUUAAAGGAGAACGAGAUCCAGCUGACCCAGCAGGUCAGAAACCUGAGCAAAAUGAUUGGACACAUAGAAUCUACAUGCCAGAACUCCACUCUAGAAUCUUUUGAGGAAAUAAGAGAAGCUCUGGAAAGGAGUGAGACACUCCUGCUUCAGUGCCCGGAGGCCACCAUCACUGAACUAAGCCUGUGUCAUAUCACUGGAAUGAGGGCGAUGCUAAGAAAAUUCAGCACAGACAUAACUCUGGAUCCAGCCACAGCCAAUGCCUACCUGGUCCUGUCUGAGGAUCUGAAAAGCGUGAAAUAUGGCGGAAUCAGACAGCAGUUACCUGACAACCCAGAGAGAUUUGAUCAGUCUGCUACUGUGCUGGGAGCUCAGAUCUUCACCUGUGGAAGACACUAUUGGGAGGUGGAAGUUGGAAACAAGACCGAGUGGGAAGUGGGUAUUUGCAAAGACUCCGUGAGCAGGAAAGGGAACCUGCCAAAGCCUCCUGGGGACCUCUUCUCACUUAUCGGUUUAAAAAUCGGAGACGAUUAUAGUCUCUGGGUGUCAUCACCUUUGAAAGGCCAACAUGUCCGAGAGCCUGUGCAUAGAGUCGGUGUCUUCUUAGAUUAUGAAUCGGGACAUAUAGCAUUCUACAACGUGACAGAUGAGUCCCUCAUCUACAGCUUCCCUUCAGCCUCUUUCCAUGAAGCUCUCAGGCCGAUCUUCUCCCCUUGUCUCCCAAAUGAAGGGUCAAAUAUAGACCCUCUUACCAUCUGCUCACUGAAUAGUCACAUCUGA